AUGCUAGAAAGACCCAGCAGCAGGCCUGCAAAAGGAAAUGGUCCAGACCGUUCUGAACAAUUGACUUCUUCUUUCUGGAGAGCCAGGUCGGCGUCCCAAAAGUAUCAAAAGACUCCCGACUCCCCUGAUCAGAACCUUGUCAUUGGAGCCUCCUAUUCUCACGUCAACAUCCCGAAUGGAUUGCCCCAACAUACACAACCCCGGACACCUCCUCGUUCGUCGUCCCACAAUUCCACACGCGCAACUCCUUCUCCUCGCCGACCUGGGUUAUGGGUCGCACCGCCGCGUGCGUCAUACUCUGGUAUCAUGAAUCAAGAGCUUGGAGCUUGGGACCAUGGUGGCGCUGCGGGAAAACUCGCCGAUAAUGAAGACGAUGCAGGAGAGGAUGUUGUUUUUGACGACGACGAGGACGAGUUUGGGCUUCCAAGCAUCGCAAGCAUGCGCACGAAAGAGAGUCGCAAAACUUAUGGAUUUCAUUCUAAGACCGUUCAGACACCAAUCCUGAAAUCUGAGAGCAAGCCGUCAACCCUUGGCGUCAAUAUAUCAAACAAAAGGCAACGAGCGAACAGCUCGGAUAUUGCCGAGGAACGCGAUAUUCCAUUGUACCCGACGGCUCGAAAGGGAGACGGCAAGAUUCUACGGCCCCAGUAUAAAGAGAUCCUAAGAGAUCCGGCAAAUGCAUUGAACAUCAUCAACCACGGUGCACCCCCCAACAACGCAGAGCCGAAGGAAAUUGAUGCGUACACAAGUCGCAUAUCAAGGAUCAACAAAUUCAAGCGCCUUUUACAAGCGAGUACUGUGCCUCUCUCGGAAUUACGAAAUCUCGCCUGGUCGGGCGUCCCGGACGAAGUACGGGCUAUGACUUGGCAACUACUCCUAGGCUACCUCCCCACAAAUAGUGAACGGCGCAUCGCCACUCUCGAGCGAAAACGGAAGGAAUAUUUGGACGGGGUUCGACAGGCCUUCGAGCGCAGCGGCGCCGCAGCGACUGGGAGCUCGCGAUCUUCCAGUACCGGGCGUGGUCGAGGCCUAGAUGAAGCAAUAUGGCACCAAAUCAGUAUUGAUGUUCCUCGCACAAGCCCACAUAUCCAACUCUAUAGCUACGAAGCUACCCAACGGUCACUAGAAAGAAUCUUAUACGUCUGGGCUAUUCGACACCCGGCUAGUGGUUAUGUUCAAGGUAUAAAUGACCUUGUUACACCACUCUUUCAAGUCUUCUUGGGUGUUUACGUUACGGACCUCAACGUUGAGGAAGGUAUGGAUCCGGGCCAGCUCCCUCGAAGUGUAUUGGAUGCGGUAGAAGCCGAUUCGUUCUGGUGUCUGACGAAACUAUUGGAUGGUAUUCAAGAUAACUACAUUUAUGCCCAGCCAGGUAUUCAUCGGCAAGUGAGGGCAUUGCGGGAUCUGACCAUGCGUAUUGACGCAACUCUCGCCAAACACUUAGAGCAGGAGGGUGUGGAGUUUAUGCAAUUUAGUUUUCGAUGGAUGAAUUGUUUGCUCAUGCGGGAAAUGAGUGUACAAAACACAAUAAGAAUGUGGGACACGUAUAUGGCCGAAGAGCAUGGCUUCUCCCGAUUCCAUCUGUACGUGUGUGCGGCAUUCCUGGUGAAAUGGACAGACCGAUUGGUAAAAAUGGACUUCCAGGAGAUCAUGAUGUUUCUUCAAGCCCUUCCAACAAGAGACUGGACCGAAAAGGAUAUAGAACUACUUCUCAGCGAGGCAUUCAUCUGGCAGAGUCUCUUCCAAGACUCUCGAGCCCACCUUCGUCCUAGCACAGGAGAUCAUACUCCGGAUAAUGGCUUUCAGUGA